AUGAAAUCAAGCUGUCUUUCGUCAGGCAUACUGCCGCUUGCCUCACUCUCACUCCUCUUGUACAGCACACUCGUCUUGUCCAAUCCAGACCUUCUCAUUAACACCACAUCGAUCCAUCCUUCUAACAAAGUACUUCAUGGUUGCGAUUGCUUCACCGUCUCCGGUCCAGAUCCGGGCUACUAUCAGCACUACAAGCUCUGGGACUUCCGCGAGGUCUCGUUCGAUAGACGAAUCGAUCCGAUACUACCACCACCUGAUGUCGAGGACGUAGGUGACGAAGAAUUCGCAGACGAUGAUACUGAGUCUUCCCCCCACGAAGGAGGUAAUCAGUCCAUGUGGUUCUUCGAAACGGACUUCGACAAGGAUUGGAUGAGCCAGCAAUGGGACCGCCCAGGCAACUCUAAAGCCCCAGUGGACAUGAUCAACUCCAAGCGAAACGUCUUCUUCACCAGAAACUACGAGCUGGAGGAUCCCCACGCAACAUAUCUCGUUCUCCGUACCACCCGCCACGAGCACUACACUUCCACGGCAGAAAUCGAGACCCGAGUUCGCAACAUCUACCGCUGCUCCCUCCGCGUGAGACUUCGCAUCUUGCCAGCAAGUAUCUCGGUGGCAUCGCCAUCCAAUGUAUCAAACGACAGUUCCUGGCAACCUUCCAUUACAGCUCUGAACAAUAUGCCGGGGACGGUUACCAAUAGCACCACCGCACUGAUAGGGGGUAGACCUCACCCCGGCGCCUGCGUCGGCAUCUUCACAUACCAUGCACGGAAUUCGAUCCCCCCCUACCGCAUCCGGUACGCAAAUCAACCCGACUACGACCCCGUCACCGAUGAAAUGAUCCCCGGCGCAAGCACAGUCGCAGACCUACCAGUCCCCUGGACCCGGUGGUCUACGCAUCGACUCGAUUGGCUGUCAAGUGCCUCACGCUGGUGGGUCGACGACAACAUCCAAGAUUCCAAAACAUACCGUGUCCCAAAUCUUCAAAGCAGGCUGGUCAUCAACCUCUGGAGUGACGGCGGCGUCUGGACCGGCGACAUGGCGCUGGGAGAUAGCAUUUUCCUCGGAAUCGAAUAUAUCGAACUAGCAUAUAACCGGUCCUCGGAUGGGUCGAGGGGAAUCGAUAUCCCGCCCUCGCAGCGACAUGGUGGACAUCAGAAGUCGAAUGAUAAAUUGUCUAUCUCGGAUAUCGAGGAUCUCGAGGAAGAAUCGUGGGAGCCGGAUACGGACUUGGUCACUGGCAGCACGAAGAAGGAAAAGAAGAAGAAGUGCAAGAAGGGUCGUAAGGGGGAUAAGUGUAGGAAGAAGCUCCCUAGGCCUAGGCCCAAGAAACCGUCGCACCAUGGUCCAAUGGAGUCGCCUUGUCGACGCGCUUGUUAUAUCGAUGGCGAGAACUUCAGACAUGAUGUUUUCGGUUAA